GACACUUUUUGCCAUAUUGCACUGUUAGUUUUUUUUUCUAUCCCUUUUUCCCACUCCCUCCUUUAUUAAGCUCUUCCCUUAGAUUUACCCCCCUUCCUUCUCAUUCUCAGAAAGUCCCUGAGCCAAAGCAGAGGAGAACAUCUGGAUUUUGUUUUUCAAGGAGAAGAAGGGGGAAGGAGUGAACAAGCCAGAAGGAGAAAGAGAGAGAGAGUGCGGGACAGAAUCAUGGGUGUAGUGAGCACACCCCAAAAACCCCCCACUUUGGAGAGUUGCAAGUGGGAGAGGGAAAGUUGACAAGUUGUCUAAGAUGCUGGCUGGGAGCAGACCAGGAUACACCAUACAGCCCAGGAGAUCCGGAGACCUGUCCAGAUUCGCAGAAGCCAAAGGUCCAUUCUGCAUCAUGUGCUCGGGCUGAGAUUCCUAAUUUGGGUUUACGUUUGGGUCUUUUUUGUAUUGCUUUUUGUGGAUUUAACAAGUUCUGAAGAUUUGCGUUGUGGAUCCGCACCUGCGAAAUCGGUCAACGGCUGAACGUAAGACAAGAAGGAGACCUCGGAGAGAUCACAUCCGAGAAGAUAUCUUGAAGCAAAGCCGAGAAUGGACUAAACAGUGAUCUUCCACUGUUUUAUCAUUGUUCCUCCAAUUGACCGAUUUCAGGUCACCAAAGCAGCCAGGAUGAGCGUCUACAAGCAUUACAUGAAUGUGUCCAAGAUCUGUGAACAUUAUAACUAUACGAAAGGAGUAAAAAAAGACAGCUCUUCUCGAGAGGUCAUCUCCGUCAUCUUCAUCAUCAUUUGUUGUGUCAUCAUCCUGGAGAACAUCCUUGUCCUUAUUUCAGUUUGGCGGAACAAGAAGUUCCACUCCGCCAUGUUUUUCUUCAUUGGAAACCUAGCAUUUUCUGAUCUUCUCACCGGAUGUGCCUACAUUGCUAACAUCUUACUGUCUGGUAAAGCCACCUUCACGCUAACUCCUGUGGCCUGGUUUAUCCGGGAGGGCACAGCUUUCACAACUUUAGCUGCUUCCGUUUUCAGUCUGUUGGCUAUAGCCAUCGAAAGACAUGUGGCCAUUAUUAAAGUCAAAGUCUACAGCAGCGACAGGAACUGUAGGAUGAUCAUUCUGAUCGGAGCUUGUUGGGUUAUAUCCAUGGUCAUCGGAGGUUUACCCAUCAUUGGCUGGAACUGCAUUGGAAACUUGGAUGAAUGUUCCACCGUCUUCCCUCUCUAUGCCAAAAAGUACAUUUUGUUCGUAGUUACUAUAUUCACUAUUAUACUUAUCUCUAUUGUGAUUCUAUAUGUCCGUAUAUAUUGUAUUGUAAAAUCAAGCCAUGCGGAGAUAGCUGCACCACAGACUCUUGCUCUCCUAAAAACAGUUACAAUAGUCCUUGGAGUUUUUAUUGUUUGCUGGCUUCCAGCUUUCACUAUUCUACUCAUGGACGUGGCCUGUAAAGUGAAAUCCUGCCACAUUCUCUACAAAGCAGACUACUUCUUUGGGGUGGCCACCUUGAAUUCGGCAUUGAACCCUAUCAUCUAUACUCUGAGGAGCAAAGACAUGAGAAGGGAAUUUCUGAGGGUGCUUUGUUGUUGGAACUAUGUACGAAAGAGCAGGAACGCUGAUAAAUGCAUGCUCCAUUUACGAAGCUCAAGCUCCUUAGACCGUUGCACGCAAAAACACUAUUUCCCCACGUCACCGGUCAUAAAGGACUGCAACACAUUUGUGUGAUUAGGAUCCUUACAAGUAUUCAAUUCUUUCUGGUCAGAAGAACCAUGAUAUCUUGAAGUAAAACUGAUGGUUGUUAGGUCUGACCUGAAUGAGAACAUUGGUAUAAGCACCAGAUCUGGGAAGGUAUAUCGACGAUGUGUCUCUGCAUUUCCUUACAUGUUGGGCCUGAAACUCUUUUUCCUGCCAGGUUUCAGAGCUCAGCGCUUUCAGUGAAAAGCUCUUGAGAUAACCUAGCACUCUGAUUUAUGGUUGCAGUUGAAGUACAACAAUAAGAGAGGCAGAACCGAAUGUGAAAAACAGUCUAUUAUAUAUGUAGACAUAGACGAGAAAAGCAAUUACGGUAUUCUCUGUGCAAUAGAAAGGAAGCAGUUUUACACUCCAGGACUAAGAGCAUAUUAAAAGAGAAGCAAGUCAUAUAUACACACAUAUGUAUAUAUUUAUAUCCACAGGAAAAAAUGGCA